AUGGGAGUCGAUGCAUUCUCGAAGAGUGAGAUGAUCGCGUUGGGGUUCGUCUUUUUGAUCCUCCCCUGCAUUUUUGUCGCUCUUCGAAUCUGGGCCAAAUUGAUUUCACGGCAUAGUCUGCAGGCAGAUGACUAUCUGAUCUUCGUGGGACUAGUGAGUCCAAAUACCAAGGAAGAAGGCAUGCGCGAACAUAUGGAUGAUUAA